UAAUUCUUGCUAUUUAUAUAGAAGGCCACUUCAUACAUUUCAUUGCAUCUCCAAGCAUUUUAAAACAAUAACAUAUAUAUAUAUACAUAUAUUUUUCAUAUAUAUAUUUUCUUGAAUUAAUACAAAGAAAUGGAAAAAAUUGGUGUUACUAGUAGUUUUAGCAGUAAAAUGAGUAAGGCAAGACCUUAUGUGUUAACAGUGGGAUUGCAAUUUGGGUUUGCAGGAGCAUACAUAUUCUCUAUGGCUAGUUUUAACCUUGGAAUGAAUCGUUUUGUGUUCAUUGUUUAUCGUAAUGUUAUUGCUGCAAUUGCCCUUGCUCCUUUUGCAUUCAUCUUUGAAAGGAAAAUUAGGCCAAAGAUGACAAUCUCAGUCUUUUUGCGGAUAAUGGCGCUAGCAUUUUUGGAGCCAGUGAUUGAUCAAGGAUUCACUUUCUUGGGAAUGCAAUAUACAUCAGCUUCAUUUGCAUCUGCUUUGAUGAAUGCUGUGCCUUCUGUUACUUUUGUGUUAGCCGUAAUUUUCAGGAUAGAGCGUGUAAAUUUGAAGCAGAUACGAAGCAUUGCAAAGGUGAUAGGGACGUUAGUAACAUUUGGUGGAGCUUUAAUGAUGAUACUUUAUAAAGGACCACAAAUCCAUCUUUUUUAUUCUCCAAACACAGCCCAUCAAGCUAGUCAAAGCACGCAAAAUCUCAAACAUUGGGUUUCAGGAACACUCUUUCUAUGUUUGGGUUGUGUGGCUUGGUCAUCUUUCUUCAUUUUACAGUCGAUAACUUUGAAAAAAUAUCCGGCCGAAAUGUCACUAGCUACCUUAAUAUGCUUGGUUGGUGCUUUGCAAACUAGCGUCGUGGCAUUGGUGGCGGAGCGUCACUCCGGUGCUGGGAUUUGGGUCAUUGGUUGGGACUUUAGACUAUACGGUCCUCUCUACACGGGAAUAAUCACCUCAGGAAUAACAUAUUAUGUACAAGGAUUGGUAUUACAAAGCAGAGGCCCAGUAUUUUAUACAGCAUUUAAUCCUCUUUGUAUGAUCAUCACUUGUGCUUUGGGCUCCUUCCUUUUCGCAGAGCAACUCCACUUGGGCAGUAUCAUCGGAGCCGUGAUUAUUGCAAUCGGUCUUUACUCUGUGGUCUGGGGUAAAGCAAAAGACUAUUCAGCCACUACUACGGCAGAAUCAUCAGUUACAGUGAAGCAAAUUGAGGCACAACAACUUCCAAUUACUUCAUCUAAUCAUGUCUAACAGGAACUAAUUAUGAAUAAUAUUGUGCUACUGCUGCUGCCUUAAAAAAAACUGCAAUAGCUAUCUUUGUUAUUUCAUGUUUGUGUUGUGGUUUACACAUUCUGAAGGAAUGUUAUAGAUACUAUAGGCAGUAUACAUUACAUGCACAUUCUCAAAAAAGUAUAUGUACUUUUUUCAUGCUAAGAUGUUUUUAUGUGGAUUAUCAUUUUGUGUUCAUUAAUAAUCCUUUCAUUUUUUAUGCUUUGUA